GGCAAGGUAGAAAGCCGAAUGGGCCUCAAGUUCGUCCGACCCGCUUCGUUUCCUGAAACCGCAACACUGCAAUUCGGAGGGAGGGAGAGAGAGAGAGAGAGAGACCCAAUUGGCGAAUUGCUCCCAACCCGCGUCGUUUCCGGUUUUAAUUUGGAAACCGCAACACUGCAAUUCAGAGAGUGAGAGAGAGAGAAGAGAUGGCUGGAUUGCUAGCGUGGGCAGCAGACGUAGUAGGAGGUGGUGGCGGGCAAGGUAACGAAGAAGACGGUUCCAAUUCGAUCCCGCUUAUAUUCACUCCGGAGCAGCAAAAGUAUGCUCUAGACUUGGAUCACAAAGCAACUUCUCUCAGCCGUUCGAUCCAAGAUCUACGGCUCAGACUCCCUCCCUCUGACAUCUCCCAACGGCUCCCUGAUCUCCAUGCCCACUCCGUCGCUUCUAAUGCCGCUCUUGCUCUCCAAUUGAAUGCCCAUUCCACUACCCGCGAACAGGCCCAGUUGAGAGAGGUGACAUUGCAGGAAGAGAAUGUUGCAUAUGAAAGGGCCAUUUCAAAUUGUGAAACUAAAAUAAUGGAGAAAAUUCAAGAAGCAGAUUUACUUAGAAGGAAGUUAAUGGAAAUGGAGGAAACUGAGAGGGAUUUAAGAGUUAAGCUUGAAAAUGCACAAACUGCAUUGGAUGUGAGUCGUUCUGGCGAAUCACAUGACUCCAUUGGCGACUCAAAGAUGACAAUCGAAACUGAACUUGACAUUGAAGCCUCAAAGAAAGCUAUACUUGACAAGUUAGAGGAGAGGAAGAAAGAGUUGAGUUCAAUGGAAGAAGUAGUAAAACAUUUAGAGGGGAGAUGGGCAGAAAUUCAAGAUAAUGCACUCAGUCACCCUUCUCCAGUUCAAAGAGAGAAGAUUUUGGAUAAACAACUUCACAGUUUAAUUGAGCAGCUUGCAGCAAAACAGGCACAAGCAGAAGGCCUGGUGAAUGAAAUUCAUUUGAAAGAGACGGAGCUAGAAAGAGUGAAUGGGUUGUGGAGAAAGCUUGAAAGCAGCAACAUGGAGAUGAAUACUGCUAGAAACCGGUUUGGACGAAGCACAUCUUUUAAAGGAUCUGCUUCCUCUGAUUAUAUUCUUGAUGGUCAUCAUAGAUAUGCCGAUGGCCGAACAGAGAGUCAGCAAAGGCUCAUGCUGCUCAGGUCGGGUUUUGUGCUCUACAUUUUAGCUUUGCACAUCGUGGUCUUCAUCAAGAUCUCAUUUUGACGAGUGUUAUCAAUCUUUCCAAAUUCUGUUUGUAUGCCAAACAACCUGAUGUGUCUUGUAUUGUAAAAGGCGUUGUCAAUGUAUUGAAAGUACAUAACGAAAUUACUCAUUUACAAUGAUUUCACAUAUACACUCUUAUCUAUAGGU